AGUCAUACCAUUUCUUUCAUUAGACUGGGGGAUAAAGUGGAUGGAGGCAAUUCCAUUAGUUUUCAUGUAUUUUUAAAAGAAAAUGAUGAUUUACUAACUGUGGAUUUCUUAUUUUAGCUUGUACGUCUUUGGAUGUAGGCUAACUAAACCCUCUCUACAUAUAAGCGUAUUAAUUUCUACAAAGUCAGUUAUUGUCAAACUGCAGUGAUGUCGUAUUAAUGUAAAAUAAUAUCAAGCCUUCGCGAAAUUUCGUUAGAAUAUUGUUCUUAAUUUUUUUGACACGCAUUUACAUUUUAGGCUCUGCACUGAUUUUGUACGCUUGCUGGUUUUCUUGUCUUAUUGCAUUUGCGAUAUAAUGGCGGCAGCUAUUACGACUCCGGCCGGGCAAAGAAUGGGGACCCGCUCCACCGCCGCUACUCCGUUGAGCCCUACAAGAAUAUCCAGGUUGCAAGAGAAGGAAGAAUUAAGAAACCUGAAUGACCGCUUAGCCGUGUACAUUGACAAGGUACGGAGCCUCGAGUCCGAAAAUAGUGUUCUUCAGCUGCAGAUCAGCGAGAGAGAAGAAGUAAGAAGCCGGGAGCUCACUGGUAUUAAAUCACUGUACGAGACCGAGCUCGCGGACGCUAGGAGAACCUUGGAUGGCAUCGCUAAAGAACGCGCCAAGCUUCAGAUUGAAUUGGGAAAGAUAAAGGCCGAGCAUGAGCAGCUAUUACAAAACUUCGCGAAGAAAGACGGCGACUUGGCCGCCUCCCAGGCCAGGCUGAAGGACGUGGAGACGGCCCUGCGAGCCAAGGAGGCCGCGCUGGCCUCCGCGCUGUCGGAAAAGAGGAGCCUGGAGGGCAGCCUGUCCGACCUGCAGGCCCAGAUCCUGGAGCUGGACGCCGGCCUGGCCUCCAUGAAGAAGCAGCUCGGCGAGGAGACGCUGCGGCGGGUGGACCUGGAGAACCGCUGCCAGAGCCUGGCCGAGGAGCUGCAGUUCCGCAAGAACGUGUUCGAGGAGGAGAUCAGCGAGACCCGGAGGCGCCACGAGACCCGCCUGGUGGAGGUGGACUCGGGCCGGCAGGUGGAGUACGAGUCCAAGCUGGCCCAGGCGCUGGCCGAGAUCCGGCAGCAGCACGACGAGCAGGUGAAGCUCUACAAGGCCCAGAUGGAGCAGACCUACGCGGCUAAGCUGGAGAACACGCGCCUGUCCGCGGAGAUGAGCAGCAGCGCGGCCAGCCUGGCCCGGGAGGAGCUGAGGGAGUCCGCACUGCGCGUGGAGAGCCUGUCCGCACAGCUGGCCAACCUGCAGAAAGAGACCCGCGGGCUGCAGGACCGGAUCGACGAGCUGGAGGCGGCGCUAGCCCAGGAGCGGGACGCCGGCUACAGGGUCCGGGCGGAGCACGAGCGGGAGAUCGCUGAAAUUCGGGCCCGGAUGCAGCUGCAGCUGGACGAGUACGAGCAGCUGCUGGACGUCAAGCUGGCCCUGGACAUGGAGAUCAACGCCUACCGGAAACUUCUGGAGGGAGAGGAGGAGAGGUUGAGGCUGUCCCCCAGCCCGUCUUCGCGCGUGACGGCGACCCGGGCCUCGUCCAGCCGCAGCGUGCGUACCGCGCGGGGGAAGAGGAAGCGCGUGGAGGAGGAGGAGGAGCCCGAGGCCAGCGGCAGCGUUAGGGUCACCAUCGCUCACUCCGCCUCCGCCUCCGGGAACGUCCGCCUCGACGAGCUGGACGUGGACGGGAGGUUCAUCCGCCUGCAUAACACCUCCAACCAGGACCAGCCCAUGGGGGGUUUCGAGAUGACCAGGACCAUCGGAGACGUCGACGCGACGUACAAGUUCACUCCGCGAUACGUCUUGAGAGCGGGACAGAAAGUGACGGUCUGGGCCUCCAAUGCGGGCGUGAGUUCCACCCCCCCCACGGACCUCAUCUGGAAGAACCAGAGCUCCUGGGGCAGCGGGGUGGACGUCAGGGUGCUGCUGCGGAACCCCCAGGGAGAGGAAGUGGCAGAGAGGACCAUGGUCUUCAAGACCACCUCAGUGGAAGAGGAGGACGAAGAGGAGGAGGAGGAGGAAGAAGAGGAAGACGAUGAAGAAGAUGAGGGUGAAGCACAGCAAACACAGAGAGGCUGCUCCAUCAUGUAAAGGCAACAAUGCUAGUUCCUCUUCGACCCGACGUGACCCGAUUCAGCUGCCAACAGAACUGCAACAGAGCUAUUUUUGUAUGCGUCCAGUUUUUAUUGUGAAAUGUGCGAUCGCAUUUUUAUACCUUUUGAAAAAACGCAGAGGAUUGUGAGCCAUUUUGGUGCUUUUUUUUUGUGAACUGCAAAAUGUAGCAAUCGUGACUUGUUUUAUAUGGAGCCAUUUUUCUUUUAUCAGAUGACUAUUUUUGUAGAAUAGAUGAGAAAACUGGUGCAUCUGUGGAAGAGAGGCAGCUUGCAAAACAAUAUACUCCUCCUGGUGCUGUGAUUAUAUUUUCUACAACUUGGAUAUCCUGACUGUUUUAAAGUAGCUUUUUACGCCAUUUUCCCUUGGAAAGAAAAGUUUUAAUUUUUUUUUUUGACAGGCAAGAUGUUGCAUACUUUUAAUUUUACUUUCCUGUAAAACCAAAAAUGUAGGAUUUGUUGCCAUUCUGGUAUGUGUAUGCAUGUUACGCAUGUGUAACUGUAUAUAUAAACAUUGUUAAAUCAA